UCGAGGCAAAAAUUCCAUUCUUAAAAGAUUCAAGUCAAAGACAACACGCGAUAAGCCGCACCGCUAAAAAUCGAAAAACAGCGCCAGAAAUACAUAAUGCCUUCAUCUUUAUCUCAUAGAAAACGGACAAAAGCAAGCAGCGGAAUAAUCGAGAUAAGAUUUCUAGAAGAGGAAAAAAAGAGAUGACCGCUGUGGUAACGAGUAUGCUGUUACUUGUGCCGCACACCACGUGCUAAUAGUUUUUAACGAAGCCUUUUAAGUAUUCAUCUUCGUAACCAGAUGAUAGGUCUUUAAUAGAAAAGAUUAAAGAUAACCGGCCGUUUUCUUUAAGACCGACUCGAAUAGCUGUUAUUCUGCCGUACGUGGUUGCUUUUCAUUUUGAAUUAACUAGUAUUGCUUUUAGCCGAUUUCUAAGUAAACAGAUAAGUUUUUAAGAAAAAAGUAUUUUGCCGCGAUUGAAGAAAAUUGGUCCCGCCAGGUAGGCGCGCUGUGCAUGCUUGGUGUGACGACAGGAUCAACGUAAACUAGUGCUACCGUAUAAAUAUAAUCAAUCAGCUGUCCAGUCUGAAGUGUAUUGCUGACCUGAGUUAUGAUAUAUCCGUCAUUCAAUGAAGUUUGGUAGAAGUCCUUUGCUGUCCUUGGAAUCGCAACAUGGAUCUUUUUCACUGUAGUACAUGGAAUUCCAUGCACAUCUUGCUCCUCAUUCAAUGGUUCUCUGUCACAAGUGUCUGUAGCCCGAACUCCAUUAGUCCCAGACGUUCUAAGUCAAACCUUACAAGUGGAGUGCUAAAAUGUCCCAAUGUGAAAGGAUCAUCAGAUUGUAAGAUGUCUUGCAUGAGAGAUGAACACUGUGACAACUAUGGUGAUCUCCUCCGGUGUUGUCCAGUCGGACCUGGGCAUGUUUGUAAAGCUGAGUGUAAAGAGCCAGUGUUAAGUCAAGGCGGAGGAUCAGGAAUAUGUUAUGAUUUCAAGUUAGACAGGCAAUAUGUGUCUGGUGAUUUGUUUGUAAGGGAUGGUGUUUGUUGUCGAUGUGAGAGAGAUGGAAGAGCUAACUGUACUGCUAUUGGCUCUUGUAAUCAAGGUUGUUAUUAUGGGUCUACUUACUAUAAUGAUGGUGUAGCUAUUUCAAGAAGUUCUUGUCGGAACUGUACAUGUGAAAAUGGUACUGUGUUUUGUAAAUGGAAUACUAACUGCACACAAGAGAAGUGCAAAUACAAAGGAAAAGUCUAUACCUUGGAACAUAUUAUCAGAUUGGAUAACGGAUGUAAAGAAUGCGUUUGCCAGUACAGAGGCUGGAGUUGUACUGCAAUUACUUGCAAUGCUGCACGCUCCUCAUCCACUAGUGUUGGAAUAUCACGUGUGAAGGCUUGUGUUUUUGCCAUUUUAAUAGUGAAUAUGCAGUAUUUGUUACAAAGUUAGCAAUGAUACUCCUGUAUCAAUUUAUAUUAUUUAGAAGUGUACAUAGAAAGGUGAGAUAAUAAUACAUAAUUUACAUUAGUUUAAUAGAUAAAUUCAUUAGUUAUUUGUCAUAAUUAAGAUGGUUCCAUUGUUUUGUUAAGGCUGAUCUUUAUUCUUUGGGUGCAAUUGUUAUGUUAUAUCCACCAUGUUGGUUGAUGAUAACAAAAGCAUUCCUCACAUGUACUUCUCUUGUUAGAUCAACCAACAUGGCGGCUGUUUCAUUGUUAUUUAUAUAACCCCAAGAAUUUACGUUUGAUUAAUUUUAAAAAUCAUCCUGCAUGGGUCCUGCACAUACAUGUUCGUCUUAUCCGCAGCAGUUCCUUACAGAAAACUAUAAAUGUGGUCACUCCCAGAACUAUUUAGCACAGUUUCAUAUGAAGCUUGUUGUGGCAAUUGCAGUACUGAAAGCUUUCUAUAUUAAUAUUCCUUUGGUCUGGUCAUCUUCUAGCGGCUCACCCCCGCUGAGGUCUGUGUUCAAAGUUUCCCUCAUUGUAAAUUUCGUUUCUGCUCUAUUUUAAAUGAACAGUCGUAAUUUACAUAUAUAUAAAUAUAAUAUAUAUACACUCGAUUGCAGAAACGUUGUAGUCAUUUAUACAUUUAUACAAAUAUCUAAUGAGAUGCAUAAUGCAAAAUCACCAUUUUCAGCGCUUAAAAUCAAAUGAUUUAUAAUCUGUACAAUCUAAUAGACAAGAAAAAAUAUUUCGACAGUCAUUGAAUGAAACAAACAAACAAUAAAUAAAGCGAUUUUUCUGUUUUGCAUAUCAUUAAAUAUACUGAAUAAAUUAGAUAUAUGUAUAAAUGUAUACAACAACGUUUCUGCAAUUGAGUGUGUGUAUAUAUAUAUAUAGCAUGAAAGGGACUGAUGCGAAUAGGAUAUAUCGUUUACAUUAGAAGAAAUAGGACUUGUUCAAGAAUCUUUACAUCAGUGAUGGUGAAGAGUUUAUACCCUGGCCUAUGUUGCCACAUUAGUGUCAAUAGUGUUAAGCUAUGAAAGUUUUCUCAUCCAAUAUUUUACAUGGAAGGGUUUCGUUCAAUGUUGUUAUACUUUGUAAUAAUACCUUGGGUAUCUUUUAUACAAUUCCAUCGUUAUUAAACAUUAAAACCACAACUAUGUACAUAUGUCCUUUUUAGUAAAUAAAAAAAACACGAAAUUAUGAAUUUU